GUUCUCUUCAGUCAAGCGUUGAGCCAUCGACAGACCUUCAUAUUGCUUGCCUUGCUCCACAUUUCCCUCCCCAACCGCACAUCCGCACUGUUUGACCCUCCCCCACGGUACCAGCAAUGCCAGAGUUCAAGAGACGACUUCUACCAGCCCUCACCCAUCCCCUCGUGCGGCAAGUCGUGCGGCUCCGACCACAGCCCCCUCCCCCCAUCGAGAGGGUCCCCGAUGAGCCCUCCCCCGUCACCCUCAGCAAGCGAUUUGAUGGCCUACUCAACAAACUCAUUAUCCCACCCAAGGGGACCGAGGGGACCGCAGAGUGGCAGUGCUACGCGGGCAGAAGGCUGUAUGCCCGGCAGUGCCACUCGGGCAGAUGGGAGGGCAGCCCGUGCACCGUCAGCCAGGUGAUGGGCAUGAGGACAUCGCUCUGCACGCUGGCAGAGGCGGAGGUGAGAGGGGAGGGAGGGAGGGAGGGAGGGAGGAGGGAAUGGGAGAGACAUGACAUUGAGGUACUUUUUGCCUUCCUGCAGUCCCACUCCCCUUCGUUUUUCCGACGCCGACACACAGACCCAGAGCUCCAAGCCCGCCUGCAGAAGGUAGGUGUGCAUGCUGAGAGACAGAGAGAGAGAGAGAGACAUGCAGGACACCCUCUGUUUGCCGUGUGUGGCUGGUGCCUGUUCAGAUACCAGCUCCUCCCCCACUGCCGCCGCGUCGCGUGCCAUCGAGUGUGCUGAAGAAGGAGGAGGGUCGUUUGGUUGUGCGAGAGCCGACAGCGGGGCGCGGCACCCCAGCCAACUGCAUCCAUCCGCCUCUCCCCUUCCAGUCAGGCCUCCACUCUGAGGUUCCCCUAAGGUACAUCCCUGCUCGUGCCGACGGCUACACACCGAUGUCGGCUGUCCACCGCGACAUGAACAUCCAUGCGGCCAUCGAUGUCUACGUGAAGCGACAGGCCAAGGCGAGGGCAAAUGCUGUGGCUGAGCAGCUGGCGCUGCAGCAGGAGUAUGCCUUGAUGCGAGAAGUGGCCGCUGAGCUGGACGUCAAGAGACUGGCGGGGGAGACACGCAGGGCGAUCCUGAGGGAGAGGGCGGGGUGGACACGCUGCUUUUGCUGCUCUUAAUCUGGUGUAUCGAGCAACGAGUGGGCUGGGGCGGUGGGGUACGACGAC